AUGCAAAAGAAUGUUAUCACUGGCGGGAACUACGACGUUGAUCUUGUAUUACGUUCACCAUCAGGAAAAGUGUUGUACCAGGAUCAAAAAAAACAAUAUGAUAAUGUUGAAAAAACGGCUGAAGAAGAUGGUGCAUACGAAUUUUGUUUCAGUAAUGAAUUUUCAACAUUUACUCAUAAAGUUAUUUAUAUUGAUUGGAGAGUUGAUGGUGAUCCAGAACACGAAAUAGCGGCAGCAAGUCCACAUGUAGCUGAAGGCGCGUUAACAAUGAUUGAAACAAAAGUUCAAGGUAUUCACGAAAGUCUUAAAUCUGUCAUUGAUUAUCAGACUCAUCAUCGAUUGAGAGAAGCAACGGGACGAGUACGAGCCGAAGAUCUUAAAGAACGUGUACAAAUGUGGUCUAUGGGCCAAUUUAUAUUGAUAAGAUUUAAUACACUGAUGGAUGGUUCACUCAUCGAUUCUCAUCAUCGUAUUUCAUUGUCCACACUAACAAAUAUUUCACCUGAUGUUAAUAACGAUCAUGAAUCUUGUUUAUCGAAUACAAAUAUACGAACGGAUAGUGUUAGUACUAAUCAAAAUGGAGUAAAUUAUACUGAUAACGACAACUAUAUUACAAGAAAUAAUAAUAGUGAAUCGAAUAGUGAAAUGUCAAAAUCCUCUCAAUUUUUUACUUGGCGUCGAGGACAUCGCCGUGAAAUGUUAUCAUAUGCUACAAUAUGUUUUUUUGCCUUCAUGACUGGUGUAGAAUAUGCUGUAAUACUACCAACAGCGUUUGAAUACGUUAAAAAACUAACAAAUGGUGAUAUAUAUGUAGGCUUGGUGUUAUCAUCAUACAGUAUCUCUGGUAGUAUUGCCGGUAUUAUUCUGGGAAAAAUAUCAGAUAUUACCAAGAAAGUGAAAUUAUUAAUAUUGAUAACAAAUGUAUUUGAAAUAGUUGGAAAUAUUCUAUAUUUUCUUACAAGUAAAAUUUCGAUUGUUCUCUUGGGACGAUUUAUUGCCGGAGUUGGGAUGGGAGCUGUUCCUCCAAUUCUUGCUGAUAUUGCUCAUAGAACAAAAGAAGUAGAUAGAACAAAAGCAAUUUCGAUUAUUCUUGGAUGUCGACAAUUAGGAUUGCUUGUUGGACCGUGUUUUGCAUUGAUUAUUCGAUCAAUGAGUUUUAAUAUAGGCUCCGUAAAUGUAAAUCAAUAUAAUGGUCCGGGUUUUUUAAUGGCAGUCGUUUGGUUUUUUUUACAAAUUAUCUGUUGGUUUUGUUUUUAUGAUCGUCAACCGGAAACUACAAGUGGACCAUCGUCUAAUGGUCUUAGAAGUAAUGAUUUACCUAAACACAAAUAUUAUCGUUCUGGUGAAAAAGAUCAACAACAAAUACAAACGGAAGAACAACAGCAUCAAUCAUUAUCAUGGAAAGUUUAUUAUCAACAAUAUUUUCGUGCCGAAAUGUUGGUAUUAUUUUUAGCCACAUUUAUUACGUAUUUCAAUCAAACAGCACUUGAAACAAUUGUCGCAGCAUUUACCAAAAAACAUUUUCAAUGGAACCAAGUUCAUAUCUCCAUAUUAUUUGCAUUAGCUGGUUUAGAAAUAAUUUGUGUUUAUUUAUGUCUGGUUAAACUAUGUAUUAAACGUUUUGAAGAUCGUAUGUUAUUAAUAUUCGGUUUUAUAUCAUUAACUUGUGCUUGUACAUUAGGAGUUUUUUUCACAUGGACUAUGACAGAUAGAGCAUCUGCAAACAAAAGUCUAUUGCCAAUGUUUGUUAUCUUUGUGUUUCUCGAUUUAUUGGGAUUACCGUUUAUAGCGGCAACAAGUGUAUCUUUAUUUACAAAAUUAACCAUUAAAGAGUUACAGGGCUUUUCGCAAGGUGUUCAACGAUUAGUAAUGGGCAUUGGUACAAUUGUUGGUCCAUUGUUUGCAUCAGCGUUGUUAAAUCGAUUACACAUUAUGAUGACAACAAUGUUAAGUAUGACAUUUUUAACAUUAAUGCUCAUUUUUCUCAUCUUACGUCGCUUAAUACCGUUGAAAAAUAACGAUAAAGAUCGUGUAACAACAACAAACAAUAAUUCAUUGGAAGAAAAUGGUGAGGAAAUUGCAUUCCCUUUAUCAAAUAACAAUAAUCAUUGUUAUGUACCAUUGUGUCGAGAUGACGAUGGAACUGAUGAAGAAAGUUGUCAAUUAUUGAAAAAUAGUUCGCCAUCAUUAUCAAAAUAUAUUUCAGAUUCAAUUGAAAGAGAAAAAAGAUCGAAUGAAAUUAACGAAGAAUGUAGAACUAGGUCACCAACUAUUCCUCACAGUAAUGGUGGUUCAUUAAAAUUCGACACUAGCUCUACAAAUUACAGUUGUCAAUUGUCAGAUGAAUUUAUGAAUGAUAAUGGGGGAGAUUCUCUUGGACGGAGUCAGUCACUGAAGGAACCUAAGCCGGCAUGA